AAGCAGCAAUUUAAUCAGUGGAAAGAGGAACCAAAAUAAAUUUACCGAACCAAAUGCUCUAAUUUGGCCAACCUAUCUGUCACAUUGGGGACAACCUGAGAAUACUGUUUAUAAGAUCACGAGACCGGCCAUACUGCGGCAGCUCCCUCUAACGUACGCCGUAUUAAAGAGCGCACGAUCUUAAUCCGGCCCCACCACCGCCGCCACCGCAUCGAAACAGAAAAUCUCCUGCGCCGUCGGUUCGACCUCCGCCAUGAGCGCGGCCGAGGAGAAUCCCAAUGCGGACAGAAAAGACGGCGAGGAGGAAGACCGCCUCUUGUUGUCCUCCCCGCAAUCUCGACCGUCGACGUCGCCCCAAUCGGACAGCAGGGAGUACGAAGAGGAAGUCGCGUACGAGUCAAGCGAGAAAAUCACGGUCGUCGACGUCGACGACUCCGCCGCAUCCGACGGCUGCGAUUACUCGGUGACGCCGCCGUUCUCGUGGAGGAAGCUGUGGCUGUUCACGGGGCCAGGGUUUCUAAUGAGCAUAGCGUUUUUAGAUCCGGGAAACCUAGAGGGAGAUCUACAGGCGGGGGCUAUUGCCGGAUACUCGUUGUUGUGGUUGCUGAUGUGGGCUACAGCAAUGGGGCUGUUGAUUCAGUUAUUGGCGGCGAGGGUGGGGGUGGCAACGGGGAAGCAUUUGGCAGAGUUGUGUAGGGAGGAGUAUCCGUAUUGGGCGGGGGUUUUGUUGUGGGUCAUGGCGGAGGUUGCAUUGAUUGGGGCUGAUAUUCAGGAGGUGAUUGGGAGUGCUAUUGCAAUUAAGAUUCUUAGUAAUGGGGUUUUGCCUCUUUGGGCUGGGGUUAUAAUCACUGCUUCUGACUGUUUCAUGUUCUUAUUUCUGGAGAACUAUGGAGUAAGGAAAUUAGAAGCUGUUUUUGCAGUUCUUAUCUCAACUAUGGCACUAUCAUUUGCCUGGAUGUUUGCUGACACAAGGCCCAGUGGGAAGGAACUUAUGUUAGGUCUUUUGGUUCCGAAACUCAGCUCAAAAACAAUUCGGCAGGCUGUCGGAGUGGUGGGAUGUGUUAUAAUGCCUCACAAUGUUUUCUUGCAUUCUGCUUUGGUACAAUCAAGGAAGAUCGACCCUGAAAAGAAAGGACACGUCCGAGAAGCACUCAAUUACUACUCAAUUGAAUGCUCUGUGGCCCUUAUUGUCUCCUUUAUGAUCAACUUGUUUGUUACUACAGUAUUUGCUAAAGGAUUCUAUGGAACCAAACAAGCCAACAGUAUAGGGCUUGUAAAUGCAGGGCAGUAUCUUGAAGAAAAAUUUGGUGGAGGAUUGCUCCCAAUUCUGUAUAUUUGGGGCAUUGGGCUAUUGGCAGCUGGGCAAAGUAGUACCAUAACGGGCACGUAUGCUGGACAAUUUAUCAUGGGAGGUUUCCUUAACCUUCGAUUGAAGAAAUGGUUGAGGGCAUUGAUCACACGAAGUUUUGCUAUUGUGCCCACUAUGAUCGUCGCUCUUAUAUUUAAUAGAUCUGAAACUUCACUAGAUGUAUUGAAUGAAUGGCUUAAUGUGCUUCAGUCCAUUCAAAUUCCCUUUGCACUUAUCCCAUUGCUGACCUUGGUAUCUAAGGAUCAAGUCAUGGGAGUCUUCAAAGUUGGACAGACUCUGGAGAGGGUUGCUUGGACAGUUGCUGCCCUGGUAAUUGUCAUCAACGGGUAUCUCUUGCUGGAUUUUUUCAUAGCCGAAGUUAAUGGACUGCUAUUUGGGUUUGUAGUCUGCACUGGGACUGCUGCGUAUGUGGCGUUUAUUGUAUAUCUUAUUUCAUACGGUGGUGGCCUUCCUUCCAGUUUGUUCAACCUAAUACGAACCAAGGGUUUUGGGUACACCAGGACUUGAUCUGACAGAGAUUCAUGUAGACUUUGAGAAACUUCAAAAUAUCGAAAAACCUUGUCCGCAAAAGCUUUGCCAGAAUGCACGCAGGCUGGUGGUGUACUUGGUCGGAAAUAAAGAAGUCACAUCUAACUUCAGAAGACGUUUAACAGUGAGUAUACAAAUUCAAAUGUCUUAGGCUACUGAUUGGUUCCUCACUUUCUGUGCGAAGUGGGGCUAGAAGAAGUUGAGAUGAAUUACUUCCAUUGCUAUGUGCACCUAUAGGAUGGAGGAAAACGCGUUUCUGCAUUUGUGGAGAUUUCUCUACUGCCAUUGUAAAGAUUCAUAUUUUAUUUAUUCACAAGGAAAUGCAGAAUGAUAUACUCAAUAGUCUUCCA